GCGGUCCGGAGCCUCGUUUCGCCAUUCUGAUGCAGCUCCGUUUCGACGGACUGUUCGGUUUCCCGGGGGGGUUGGUGGAUCCCGGCAAGGAAUCGCUGGAAGAAGGAUUGCUGCGGGAGCUGCGGGAGGAGCUGGGCCCGGCGGCGGGGGAGAUAAGGCUGCGGCCAUGGCACCACCGCGGAGCCAGGGCCUGGCCCGGAAGCGGAAAGAGGGAGAAGAGCGGAAGCGGAAGUGACGUAGGGCUGGUGACGCAUUUCUACAUCCGGCGGCUGCGGCUAGAGGAGUUGGUGGAGAUCGAGAGGGGGGAAAAAGAGGCGCCGGAGCACGGCCUG